AUGUCCGAGACUGAGAUCGCCCCGGCCGCCUCGCCUCCUGCGGAGCUCGCCGCCAAGAAGAAGCCGACCAAGAAGGCGGCAGCAGCCGGAGGAGCCAAGAAAGUCAGUAAGAAGUCGGCUGGUUCCAGCGUGUCCGAUCUCAUCCUAAAAGCCGUGGCCGCUUCCAAAGAGCGCAGCGGUGUCUCCCUGCCCGCCCUCAAGAAGGCUCUGGCCGCCGCAGGAUACGAUGUGGACAAGAACAACAGCCGACUGAAGAUCGCCCUCAAGGCUUUGGUCACUAAGGGGAGCCUACAGCAAGUCAAAGGCAGCGGAGCCUCCGGAUCCUUCAAGAUCAACAAGAAGCAGGAGAGCAAAGACAAGGCGGUGGCGGCCAAGAAGAAGCCAGCUACCGCCGCCAAGCCCAGGAAACCAGCAGCCGCCAAGCCCAAGAGACCUGCAGCCGCCAAGAAGACAGCCAAGUCCCCCAAGAAGAAGCCGGCACCUAAGAAGAAAGCCCCAAUCAAAGCCAAGAGCCCGAAGAAAGCGGCCAACAAGAAAACGACUGCUGCCAAAAAGAAGCCAAAAGUUGCAGCCAAGCCCAAAAAAGUAGUCAAGAGUCCGGCUAAGAAGGCGCCGAAGCCCAAGACCGCUAGGAAGACAGCCAAGCCUAAGAGGGCUGCUCCCAAGAAGAGAUAA